AUGCUCAAGCGAGAUGCACGUCAGACAAGACGGAGAGCAGCUCGUACAGCUUUCAUCCGCCUUCGCAUCCACUUUUCUCUCGCGCUGAAUGUACGACUGAUUCUCAUCUCCUCGCUCUCAUCGAACUCGGAGAAAAGAAUGCGGCUCAUCAACACCACGACGCUCGAACUCGCCGAGUUCGUGUCUUGGGAGAUACCGGCCUACGCCAUCCUGUCCCAUCGAUGGGCUGUAGCGACGGAGGAGCUGACCUUCAAAGACUAUCGGAAAGGCGUCAAGAGGGACACAUCUGGAUAUAGGAAGAUCGUUCGCUUCUGCCAGCUAGCCGCCUCGCAAGACUGGGACUGGGGAUGGGUCGAUACGAUCUGUAUCGAUAAGAGAUCCAGUGCAGAGCUUUCCGAGUCGAUCAAUUCCAUGCUCGGCUGGUACAGGGAGGCGGCUGUUUGCUACGCUUACCUAAGUGACGUUGACAAGGGAGGAAAUUGGGAGUCAAGUGACUGGUGGACCAGAGGCUGGACGCUCCAGGAGCUCAUCGGUCCGGAGGAUGUCCUCUUCUACGACGCCGCGUGGACACCCAUUGGGAGCAAGUAUGGCCUCGCCGCCAGGAUUGCGGCAUUGACACGCAUUCCCGACACGGUUCUGUAUUUUGCCGGUCACGGCUAUGGCGGAUACCUCGUGGCGCAGAAAUUGUCGUGGGCCGCCGGUCGGAGGACCACCAGAAUUGAAGAUCAAGCGUACUGUUUGCUUGGCUUGUUCGGAAUCCAUAUGCCCUUGCUCUACGGAGAGGGCGACAAGGCAUUCGAAAGGUUGCAGUUACAAAUUCUCAUGAAGUGUCCGGACGACUCCAUUCUCGCGUGGGAUCCAAAGACGGACGAGGAAGGGACACUUGAUGACCUGACCGCUGUCGCAGGCGUUGUGCUGGCAGAUUCCCCGGAUCGCUUCAAGAGAUGCGGCCAACACAUCUUGUCAUCACUCCAAUAUUCAAGGCCAGAGAUAGGCGCGAUCGCGCCACGAGUCACAAGUUGGGGCAUCGAAUACCGGGGAAUCGCCCAGCGACUCGAGCUCGAGGAACAAGAGAGCAUGAGCCUUGGUGAAGAGCUCAACCAGCUACUGAUUGAACGAGUUGAGCUAUGGGCAGUGCUGUUGACUGCAAUUGUCGGCGAAGGGCUCAUACACUUACCGUACGUUCUGAUUACAGCAGUGCGGCCCGCUUCCUACGCAUUAUCGUCGGCUGCAGUGCUAUCAAUCCUCCGACCUCACAAGGCUUUACGCUUGGCUCGUUCGACGCUUCAAAUUCGAAGAGGUUGA